GCCCAGUAGGCGAAACGAAAGAACGAACGAGGACUACUCGAGUGCUUAUGAAAUAUUGUAUUCAAACCGCAUGUAAAGGUCGUCUGCAUAGUAGUAAAAUAAACAAGGGACGUAUACUUUGUAGUCGAAUGAGCCUUCAGAGUAAAGAUCUAGGGUGUAUGGUAUUCAAACUAUUCAGAGCUCGAAGUCUAAAAAUCGGUGAGCAGGAUCCUAACCUCAAAGCAGUUGAUGCAGUCAGCAUAGUAGAUGAUAUGUUUAAUGGUUCUUGAUGGUUCUCUCAUCUUAUAUAAUCGCAUCCGUGUCAGGGAUAGCUGAGUUAUAAAGUAGACAGUACAUCACUUUCUUGUUCAAUUUCAUGGACACUUUCAAUUUCAUGGACACUACAGCUAUAAAUUUGCUUCAGUACAACUAGUACUACACUUUCUCUUUCAAUUGCAUGGGUAUUUGUUCGCUACAAAGCAAAGAGCAGAUAGAUGAACUUCAACUUUGAGACAGUAUUGAGUACGCAAAGAAACUUCAACUUUCACUUUGCCAGUAUCUAUUGAUCUACUGUCUGAGACGGUAGAAGUAGUACGAUGAAGCAGCAAGAACAUGCUUCAAGAAGUUUGACAGGAGUAUACGCUCACUCAGUCAUAAGUGAGCCUACUCCUAUCCUAUCCUAUUCUUUGUAUACUAUAAGCAGAAACAUGUGAUGUCUAAAGAGAGAACGAAGGAAGCACGACCUUUCCCGGAAGCCGUAUGCAGGAAGGCGAGCAUCACACACUUGGCGGCUACUUAUCUAGCAUUAAGAAGCGGCUAUUCGAUGUCGAACUAGUAAAAUGAAGAUCGACAGGAACAUCCUCAUGUCCUACCCUUGUAACGAGUCGCUACUUGUUGACACUCUACUGUGAAGGAUCCCCAACCUAACCUGACCUAACCUCCACAACUUGACACUCUAACCCUGGUGCUGCUUCCAGCGCGAUCCCCUCAUCGAGCGGUGGCGAUCCCUCUAUGUACUACUUCUUUGGCGGCAACAACGUGAAUAUUUUCUCCGACACAAGCGGAAGCGCGCAUAGCAAAUCAUCAAGUAGCUGCAUUAAGGCAUGUGGUGGACGGUCGUCAAGUAGUUGUAGUAGUAGAGCAUAAAGUUGUAAUGAGGCGUGAAGUAGUUUUGAGGCAUAUCUAGCUGUAGAUCGUUAUCUAGCCGGUAGUCUAAGGAGAAGUGCUCGGGAUGCCAAUCGUCUAGAAGUACUAUGAAGGCACAUGGUAAAUUCUCAAGUUUUACUAGGAAGGCGUGUGUUUGUACAUCGACAAGAAGUACUCCAAGUCGGAAACCUGUCGAGUGAAAGAAAUUGCAGAACCUCAUUCUCCACUCUCUGCUAGCCUGCGGCACGACAGCCUUAACCUAUACUAAACCUUCUGCCUACUUUACAGGCUUAAGCUAUCCUAUCCUAUGCCUUUGAUUUCUACACCUUUAAUUUGUGCGAGCCUGCUACCUUGCGGCGUAAGGCACAUACUGAACGCACCACCCCAGCACGACGAGCGUCUCGUGAUAGGGAAAUCCAGAGUACGGGUCCGAAACUUAAGGCGAAUGAGAUUCAAUUCCUAUCCUAUCCUGUGCUUGGGUUAUUACUUGUUGAGUUGUCCAUCUUACUUACGGCACAACACAACCAAGAACAACUAAUCUUAUGUGCCUUUAGCCAAGGUAGGAGAUGAGGCAUCUUCGGUGUUCUUGACAAGUUGAGAGGCUGCCUUUCCAGAUCUUUUUUGUUUCCCUGCUCUAAUCCAGGCGAUGCGCAGACGCGCUUGACGGGUAGGACGGAUUUAGCGGGAAGGAAUCUGUACACUCCACUUGGAGGUGAGGAUAAAAUCCCUUUUGUCACGCUUAAGGCCCUACACUCGAUCAGCAUCAGUAUAACAUUAAACACUAUAAUAACACACAAUAAAACAGGGCAAUUCUUUUUUUGUCUAAGGUCUACCUGUCUCUGUCUAAGGUCUCCCACACUAUCUAACAGGAUUAGAAAUCUUACAUUGUCUCAAGUUAUAACUGGAUUAGGAAUCCUACAUUGUCUUGUAAACUUGCCACUGCAGAGAUGGCUGAGUGGAUGACUACACCUGUGCGAGAUUUAUUGUGUUGUGUUGUAUUUUAUCAGAGGACCAGUUUCAUGUAGUACGCGUGUUGUAUUGUGUUGUUUUGUUAUUGUAUUGCGCUGUUUUGUUAUUGUGUUGUGUUGUAUUGUGUGUAAGGUAGUUCUCGAGCCUGUAUCGUCCCAGACAAAGCGGCCUGGCCGCAGAGCUGCGGACCUUGAGCCUACGCCUAGGCCUAGACUACCAAGAAUAUGAUAUAAUCAUCAGCUAGUAGUGCCUGCUCGUGCUCUAAUACUACGCCUCCUAUCGGUGAUACGCAUACGCCUAGGUUUCCUCAGUUCGGAGGUGCGCGUAGUUUGUCUUCGACGCUUCGGGGUGACGUGGUUACUGGAUAUCAGGCAAGGAUUGGACAGCAAACAAUUGCCUACACCAGUCCUGGCAUUAAGGCUCAUGAUGAUCAUGAUAUUUCAACUUGCACAUCAAAUGAAUGACCAUUUACAUCUCCGGGAAGUUUUUACAACUUACUUUCUAUGGAUUAAGGGUAAGCUUCGUGAGUGGGUUUACUACUACUCCUACUUCCUGAGUAGAAGAAUGAACUACUGAUAUUUGAUCUUUUUUUUUUAGGAUCAUAUUAAGUUUAAGUCUUUUGAUGCAUCUUGUAGACAAUUCUCCUUCCACCUCUAACAAAAGUGCAAGUCCGCUGAAGAGUCGAGGAACCACACGAAGGAGUAAUCGGCGUCUAGUGGUGGAGGAUCCACAAACGGGCUUAGAAGUGGAAGCAGGAACCCUAAGCCCUCAGUCCCCUGCUCAUAGUGGUGGUGAGACGAGCGAUAAGUCGAAUGAAGUCUAAAAACCACCCUUGUCGCUUAUCCGUGGUAAUGGGAUAAGCGACAAUGACAAGUCGAAUGAAGGGUAACGUUGAGGCCUAAUAACGUUGGGUGGAUUGACGAUUUAAGGUGAAGAAUAUUCCUGAUUUAAGGUGAAGAAUAUUGAUGAUAUAAGGUUGAAGUUGGAUGAGGUUUAAGUGAUUUUUGACGUUUCAGGGUGAGGGUUAAUCGAACGAAGAUUAAGCACGUUGUGUUCCGAUUGAAGUAAAAGGAAUGCUGACCGGUUAUUAGGGACAAUGGGGUUGUUUCGAUUGUUGACACGUGUCGAGAGGAUUGAAUGGACUUGUAUAUGUUGGGUUUCCCCCUUAGAAUUAGGUUUCUCUCUGUUUUUGAUUCUCUCAUGAUUUCAGUAGUUAACUAUUGACGAUGAACCAUUGGCAUUGCUGUUGCUGCAAAGCUAACGAAUUUGUUUCCAUCAAGUCACUUUCCAAAGAAUGAACUUCGAAAGAUUUACCCUAGUCAACUGCAAUCAAUCAUCAUCAGGAAAGAGACCGCCACAUCAUCAGCAGAACAAUACUAGCACUCCAGGUAUAUCAAAAAUCGACUAGUUCUAAAAAGUAGAACACCAAGGCGUGAUACUUAAAGAUAUUUUUUUAGAUACUAGUACAAGUGUUUAGAUACAAAUUUUCAAGCGAAGAUAAAAGAAUUGAUGACAAUCUGUGUGGACAACUAGCAAGCUAACUCAAGAAGAACCUGUUUAUUCUCAUCAAGAAAGUAGACAAGAAGGUUUCUACUAAAAGAGCCAUGACCUUCUGGCAGUCCUAUACCGGACAGGACACCUGUGAGGACCUAGCCUUCAUAUGUUGUGUUUUUGUGCAUCGGAUAAGAGUCGAAUACGGUUGUCUUAUGUAGAACUCCAUGUUCAUGAUCCACCGUACCGAUACACUAUGCCAGAUGGUCUGCUACUGACUAUGAG